AUGAACAUCCUCCAAGAUCAAAUCAACAUUCAAACAUCAAGGGCUAUGUUAAUACACUUGUACCGCUAUGCCUCACCUCUAGAAAAGGUCCUGACACUUGUUGCAUGCCUCUCUGCAAUUGCUGCAGAGACUGGCUUUCCCCUGCUUGCCCUCGUAUUUGGCAGUAAUUCUGAAUCAUUUCAAAACACCGGCAUAGAUGGCACGAUUGCAGCUCUGUUCCGAUCACGAAUAACAUUCUAUGUGUUGGACUAUGUCUACCUCGCUAUCGCAGUCUUCUUUCUCAAUUAUAUUUCCAUCAGUUUAUUCAUAUACACUGGGGAGAAGAUAACGUUGAGAGCAAAGGAAGAGCACCUGAAGUGUAUGCUUCGACAGAACAUUGGCUGCUUCGAUCAACUUGGGGCGGGCGAAGUGGCUACGCGAAUUGGCAAGGACUUCAACCUUGUCCAGUCGGCGGUUUCAGAAAAGGUCGGACUCGUACUUACUGGGACCAUUACGUUCAUCACAGCGUUGUUGGUUGGAUUCAUAAAAUCCUGGAAACUUACAAUGAUAUGUCUGAGCACGGUGGUGGCCAUCGUUGUCAUCAUGUGUGUUGGUAGCGUGAUGGUUACUGUCUGGGAGAAGAGGGCGCAGGACGUUCACGCCGUCAGUGGCUCAAUUGCCAAGGAAGUACUCAGUACAAUCAGAGAUACUGUUGCUUUAGGGAUGAGAGACAAGAUGGCAGAGAAGUAUAGUGCAAAUCUAGUCGAGGCACGUCGCCGGGGAUUUCGAGCGAAGAUUGAAAUUGGCGCACUCUUUGCCAUUCGCAUUUUCUGGCGAAAUCACCUUGUCAGGCAUCCUGACCAUCAUUUUGGCUGUCAUUACGGGGGCGUUCUAUCUGGGUCCGGAAAAUCGUCAAUUAUCAAUAUAAUCGAGAGAUUCUACGAACCGGUCGAGGGCUCGAUAGUGGAUGGCCACGAUAUACGGAGCCUUAGUCUUUCUUGGCCACGACAGCAAAUUGCGCUGGUCCAACAGGAGCCGGUACUCUUCCACGGCCCGAUCAAGGAGAACAUAGCACUAGGCCUCAUGCACUCUCCUCUUGCCGAUGCUUCUGAAGAGGAACGCGCGCAAAGAAUUACCGAGGCAGCGAAACUUUCGAACGCACACGAGUUCAUAUCCGCGCUCCCCCAGGGCUACGACUCCAUGCUUGGAGUUCGCGGGAUGCUACUGUCUGGUGGGCAAAAACAGCGUAUCUCAAUAGCUAGAGCAAUUAUCAGGGACCCAAAAAUCCUCCUCCUGGAUGAGGAAACAUCGGCGAUAGAUUCAAAGUCGGAGGAGGCCGUGCGGCAAGCUAUCGACCAAGCAUCCAGAGGGCGGACAACAGUGAUUUUUGCGCAUAGACUAUCCACCGUCAGGAGCGCGGAUAAUAUUAUCGUUUGGCACCGUGGCCAGAUCUCCGAGCAAGGCACCCACAAUGAAUUGAUGGAGCUAGGUGGCUCAUACCACAAUUUGGUAUUAGCCCAGGCUGGUGGAAUGGAUAGCUCGUCAACGGACAGAGACUCUGGAAAUACCUGCUUAGAGCUGGCAGAGCUAUUCAAGGAUGUCCCCAUUGUCGAACCCUUCGAGUACUCAAUCAAUGACAAGCCACCCGAUACACACGAAGAUCAGUACUCGCAGCCAUACAGCCUCUGGAGCAACUUAUCAUUUGUCUCCCGACUCAACUUACCAGAAUGGCGCGUUCUAGCUGCAGGCCUCACAAUGAGCUCCCUGGCAGGGUUAGCCCAACCGGCUCAGUCCGCCCUAUACGCCAAAGCAAUUAUUGCGUUGUCCAAGCCGCUGACAGAACAUGUCCAAAUCCGACACGAUAUAAACAUUCUAGCACUGUUGUACCUUGGCCUAGCAUUGUUACUACUAAUGGUUAAGAUGGUUGAGGGUAUUGCACUUGGUCUCUGUAGCGAGCGACUACUCAGUCGUGCGCGGGAAAUGGCAUUUCGAAGCAUGCUAAAGCAGUAUAUUAGCUUCCUUGAUAAGACUGAAAACGAUCCCGGAUCUUUAGUGAGCUUCCUAAGUGCGGAGACGGAGAAUCUCACAGCAAUUUCGGGAACCACGCUCGGCGUGCUGGUCAGCAGUUUCGCUACUGUCGUCGGAGGUAUAAUUAUCACCCUUGCCGUGGGAUGGAAACUGACACUUGUUUAUGUAUGCGCUGUGCCAGUGAUCUUGGGAACAUGGAUCCUGCGCUUCAAAGUAAUGGCGGACUUUGGCGAGGCAGUGGCGGCGUAUAACGCGAAGUCUGCAAGCUUGGCCUGCGAAUACACCAACGCUAUCCGCACUGUUGCGUCUUUGGAAAUGGAGGAGUACUUCUUAGAUCGGUACGCAGCCCACCAUCGCGACCAGCUCAGGCAGCCUUGGAAGGCUAAUCUGCGGAACUCCGUGCUUUAUGCGAGGACACAAUCAGCACUGUACCUCGCCAGGGCGCUUGCAUUUUGGUACGGUUCUAGGCUGCUGUUCAGCGGAGAGUAUUCACAAUUUCAAUUAUUUCUUGUGUUUGCGGAAGUCAUCUUUGGCGUACAGUCUGCUGGAACGCUCGCUAGCUUCACAGGGGACAUAUCCAAGGGACGUCGAGCGGUGGGAUGGCUACGUAUGUUGGCGGAUCGUGAACGCAGAAUUGACGAGUCGUCUGAAGGUGGCAGCACCUUGCCACAGUCAGACUGGUCUGUUGAAUCCCGCAACGUGAGCUUCAGUUAUCCUUUGAGACCCGAGGUUUUGGCCUUGCACAAUGUCAGUUUCAGCAUCCAACCCGGCGUGUACGCAGCAUUAGUUAGCACUUCUGGUCUCUUAGGCUCUGGAAAAUCUACGAUUAUUUCUCUACUAGAAAGAUUCUACGAUCCCCAGCAGGGAAGCAUACUCGUUGGUGGUCGUCAUAUUACAGACCUUAGCCUCCGAGCAUAG